CUACCCUCCGCCCCCCGGACUGUCAGUCCGAGCGCGGCCGAGCAAGGGCCGAGGGGCCCGCCGGGCCGGCGCCGCUAUGGCGGCCGUGUUUGACCUGGACCUGGAGACGGAGGAAGGCAGCGAGGGCGAGCCAGAGUUCAGCCCCUCGGACGUGUGGCCCCAUGGCGAGUUGAGGGCGGCUGGCCUGGAGCCUGUGGGACACUGCGAGGAGGUGGAGUUAACGGAGACCAGCGUGAACCUGGGCCCCGAGCGCAUCGGGCCCCACUGCUUUGAGCUGCUGCGUGUGCUGGGCAAGGGGGGCUAUGGCAAGGUGUUCCAAGUGCGAAAGGUGCAGGGCACCAAUUUGGGAAAAAUAUAUGCCAUGAAAGUCCUGAGGAAGGCCAAAAUUGUGCGCAACGCCAAGGACACGGCACACACGCGGGCUGAACGGAACAUUCUAGAGUCAGUGAAGCACCCCUUCAUUGUGGAACUGGCCUAUGCCUUCCAGACUGGUGGCAAACUCUACCUCAUCCUCGAGUGCCUCAGUGGCGGUGAGCUCUUCACGCAUCUGGAGCGAGAGGGCAUCUUCCUGGAAGACACGGCCUGUUUCUACCUGGCAGAGAUCACGCUGGCCCUGGGCCAUCUGCACUCCCAAGGCAUCAUCUACCGGGACCUCAAACCUGAGAACAUCAUGCUCAGCAGCCAGGGCCACAUCAAACUGACAGACUUUGGACUCUGCAAGGAGUCGAUCCAUGAGGGCGCCGUCACCCACACCUUCUGUGGCACCAUCGAGUACAUGGCCCCUGAGAUUCUGGUGCGCAGUGGCCACAACCGGGCGGUGGACUGGUGGAGCCUGGGGGCCCUGAUGUACGACAUGCUCACUGGAUCGGCAAGUCCAGCCUCCUUGGGAGGAGGGGAGGGGGGAGAGGGGUGGGAGGGGGUCCCCAUCCCGGCCAGGGGCAGGGCCUGGGGUGAAGCCCGCAAGUCUCCUCUCACCGUCUGCUUUCUCCAGCCACCCUUCACUGCGGAGAACCGGAAGAAAACCAUGGACAAGAUCAUCAAAGGGAAGCUGACACUGCCCCCCUACCUCACCCCGGAUGCCCGGGACCUCGUCAAAAAGUUUCUGAAGCGGAAUCCCAGCCAACGGAUGGGUGGCGGCCCAGGAGACGCUGCUGAUGUGCAGAGACACGCCUUCUUCCGACACAUUAAUUGGGAUGACCUCCUGGCUCGCCGCGUAGACCCCCCUUUCAGGCCCUGUCUGCAGUCAGAGGAGGACGUGAGCCAGUUUGACAUCCACUUCACACGGCAGACGCCAGUGGACAGUCCAGAUGAUACGGCCCUCAGUGAGAGCGCCAACCAGGCCUUCCUGCCCUGCCUUGCACCUCCUUCCCAGGGCUUCACGUACGUGGCACCCUCCGUCCUGGACAGCAGCAAGGAGGGCUUCUCCUUCCAGCCGAAGCUACGCUCCCCCAGGCGCCUGAACAGCAGCCCCCGGACCCCGGUCAGCCCCCUGAAAUUCUCACCCUUUGAGGGAUUCCGGCCCAGCCCUGGCCCAUUGGAGCCCACGGAGUCCCCUCUACCUCCUCUCCUGCCACCACCACCGCCACCCUCAAGCUCUGCCCCCCUCCCCAUCCGACCCCCCUCAGGGACCAAGAAGUCUAAGAGGGGCCGUGGGCGCCCUGGGCGCUAGGAGGACGGAUGGCUGUGAGGGCAAGCGGGACUCUGGGCCAGUUCCAGAGGCCUGGAGGUGUGUCCAAGAGUACAGGAGUGAGUGUGUGUGAGGGUGUGUCUCUGUUGGGGGUGGCUGUGCCCCUGGACCAUGCCCACAGAGGGCCGUAGGCUGUGGCUGUCAGUGGAGUGGCCUUGCCGCCCAGCUGGCCUCCUGCAGUUGAGCUGUGCCCUUAGCGAAUUAAAAUAUUGAAUCAUGGCACUGA